GCGAUAAACCAACUGUAAAGACAGGAAUAAUAAAGAUUAGGUAUCGAUUUUCAUGAUUUCCCGUCGUGCAUUUUGUUGCUAAACAUUCAAGAUGGCGUUAAAAGAGGCAGUGCAUGAAAAGAUCAUUAAUGAUGUCAUCCGACCAAUGAAGAAAGCUGGGGAGUGGAAAGUGCUCAUUGUUGACCAGCUGAGCAUGCGUAUGGUGUCUGCUUGCUGCAAAAUGUGUGAGAUCACUUCAGAAGGAAUCACUUUGGUGGAGGACAUUGCCAAGAGGCGAGAACCGCUACCAUUACUGGAGGCGAUAUAUUUAAUCACGCCUACGGAAAAGUCCAUGAAAGCCAUGAUGGUAGAUUUCCAGAAUCCGAACAAUACUAUGUAUCGUGCAGCUCAUGUUUACUUCACAGAAGCCUGUCCUGAUGAGCUGUUCAAUGAGCUGUGCAAAUCUCCGUGUGCUAAAUUCAUCAAAACACUAAAAGAGAUCAAUAUUGCAUUUCUUCCUUAUGAAUCGCAGGUAUACUCUCUGGAUUCAUCAGAAACAUUCCAGUUUUAUUACAACCCCCAGAAGUCAACAGGUCGGAUGUUGAAUUUGGAGAGGUGCGCUGAGCAGAUUGCAACACUGUGUGCAACUUUAGGGGAGUACCCUGCUGUGAGAUAUCGUAGUGACUUUGCUCGUAACGCUGAAUUUGCUCAGCUGGUACAGCAGAAACUGGAUGCCUAUCGGGCUGACGACCAUACCAUGGGAGAGGGUGUGCAGAAAGACCGCUCCAUGCUGCUAAUUUUGGAUCGUGGGUUUGACCCCAUCUCCCCACUGCUCCAUGAACUUUAUUUCCAGGCCAUGGCGUAUGAUCUGCUACCCAUAGAGAAUGAUGUUUACAGGUAUGAGAACACCAAUGGCAAUGAGGUUCAGGAGAAAGAAGCUCUCCUGGAUGAGAAUGAUGAGCUGUGGGUGGAGCUUCGUCAUCAGCACAUGGCGAUAGUAUCACAACAAGUGACACGCAAGCUAAAACAGUUUGCUGAGGCCAAGCGGAUGGGUUCUGCAGAGAAGGCCAACAUCCGUGACUUGUCUCAGAUGCUGAAGAAGGCACCCCAGUACCAGAAAGAGCUCAGCAAAUAUUCUGCUCAUCUGCAUCUGGCAGAAGACUGCAUGCGACAGUAUCAGAAGCAUGUUGACAAACUGUGCAAAGUAGAGCAGGACCUGGCCAUGGGAACUGAUGCAGAUGGGGAGAAAAUCAAGGACCAUAUGCGCAACAUCGUACCUAUUUUGCUGGAUCAGAACAUCACUGCAUAUGAUAAGAUUCGGAUCAUUCUCUUGUACAUAAUUCACAAGGGAGGCAUUUCUGAGGAGAACAUGACAAAGCUAGUGCAGCAUGCUCAGAUACCACCAGAGGAGAAGUGCAUCAUCACCAAUACGCAGAACCUGGAAGUUCCUAUUAUUCAAGAUGCACAGGGUAAAAAUGUUAAGGAUCUUCUUCAAGAUGCAUCUAGUUACGGCACCUUUCAAUCGAAUUUUAUUCAGCAAAGUAAAAGCCUUGCAACACCUGCUUCAUUUGAGUUGGGAAGUCGAAGAAAGUACCACCAGCCAUACCAGACAUUCAACCGGCGGGAACGAUCUUCAGAGCACACCUACCAGAUGUCACGAUGGACACCAUACAUUAAGGACAUCAUGGAGGAUGCUAUUGAAGAUCGUCUGGAUGUCAAACACUUCCCGUACUUGUCUGGAGGUGCCUCAGCUCGGCCUUUCAUGCCAGGACCACGCAGUGCUCGCUAUGGUCAGUGGCACCAAGAGAAGGGUAAAGCUAGCUACAAAAGCUGCCCUCGCCUCAUCAUUUUUAUCAUCGGAGGCCUCACCUACAGUGAAAUGAGAUGUGCAUACACAGUCACACAGGCAGUGAAAAACUGGGAAGUUCUGAUAGGUGCCACUCAUAUUUUGACACCAGAAGGUUUUCUUGGUGAUCUUCGCAGUCUUAGCUCUAGCAGCUAGACUUCAUGACUAAUUAUUUGAUUUAAUGCUGACAAACUAAUCAUCACAUCAAUUGGGACCAACAUCUACCCCUUCUGUGCCGGGAUGAUUGUCUGUAAACAUCUUUUGCUAUUCACAUCUAUGUGCACCUAGUUCACUUGAGUUCGAACAAUUUUUACUUUUAUUGUUUGUGAUCAAAGCCGCAAAGCAUACAGCUAUGUUCCUAAUCGGUAUGUGCAAUAUGGCAAGGCCAAUGUGUUACUGUAAAAAAAAAAUGUGUAGACUGUCAUUUCUAUAUGCUGUUUACUGCUGUAUUUAGCUUUGAUAAAGAUAUUAUGUUUUGUCAAUGUUUUUAUGAGUGGAAAUACAGUUUCAUUAGUGUAAAUAUUUAUAGAAGAUUUUAAUUGAUAAUGAUUUGGUUUUGACUAUGUAAAAGUACAUACCACUUAUAAUACUGUCAAAACAUGGUAUCUGAGCCCCUCUCAUUCAGAAAAUAGUUACAAUUACAUUCGGUUAACAUGAGGCCUGUUCAGAUUGUUCACUCCCCCUGAAUAACACCUUUCAAUCAGAAUUGUCAGCAUAAUAUAUAUAGGAAAUAAAUGGUAGUUUAUUUAUAAAUAACCACUGACUAAAUAAGUAAAUAAGAUGGUAAUGAUGUCAUUCAAAACUUCAUAUACACUAUACAUAUCCAUUGCACAGAUGAACACACAACCUCAAUUACAUAACAGAAUAGUGAAUUUUUAUAGAUUUUUAGACCCCUUUUUCAUAAAGUUGAACCUACUGGUUCAAGUGGUAUUAAAAACCAAUGUGUGAAACAAAAAAACAAAAAAUAGAUACAAAGGAUUCUGAUACCCAGGUUUGACAGUAUUUUUCUGUGGGUAAUUGUGCUGGAUAUUUUUUCCAGCUUGUUUUGAGGCUUGUCUCUUAACAACAGACUGAAUGCCGCUAAUGUAUGCACAUUUUAAGAUAGGUUGAGAAAUUUCCCAGAUGUCAGACACAAGUGCUGUAUGUUUACAACUGUGAUUCUUUUGCUACCGUUGAGCAGUUUAGUAAUUUACACUUUUGGAGCACAUAUUGCUAAAGCAGGAUAUAUCUGAUGCACUGAAGUGGAUCUCUUAAAGCUGCUGUUCAGCACAGCAAUGGUAAAAUCUUUGUAAAUAUAUCAUGGCUCCCUUCAUUCAGAAAGAUUAAAAGCUAAUCUGUGUUCAUGUCAAAUAGCGAGUUUUUUUCUUUAUGCAAAGUUUGAUACAAGAUAUUUUUAAUUCUUAUGAUGGAGGCAUAUAUUGUGAUGACAUGACGUUUUUCUCAUGCUGUUGUUUUGUAUUAUGGAAAUUGUUCCAAAUUAUGCAGAUCAGUUUAGAGUUAAGUUUGUAAGCUUUCCUCUGUUAAAGAUUGCUUUUUUUUUUAACCUUCUUUUUUGUAUUGAGAGGGGAAAAAACCUUUCAUUAGCUUACCCCCAACAUCGCUCUCAGCAGAUCAAACUGGUGAUAAAUGUGUUAAGAUGGUCAUUGUUCACCCGAUCAACAAACAACUUUCUGCUUGAAAGGAAUGUGGAAGCUCAUCAGUCUUAAAAAGUAUUCAGCUGAAAGCAGAUCGUUUGAAACACUUAAGCAGUUUUGCAUUUCAGGUGUUGUACAAGCAGAAGACUUGAUAAAAUGAAAAACCACUCGACCAAAAUUCGAAACAUAGAGUCCACUGUUAAGCAUGGUGCUUCAGCAAUAUUUGUAUAUGUGCACAGAACACUUUUUAGAAUUUUUAGGUGUUGCAAGUCCUUGUGCAUAGUGUCUUAUUCACUUUUCAAGGUUAUUAGGCAAAACAAAAGUACAAAAAAAGCAAAGGGUUUUUUUUCCAUUUUAAAGAAUGCCGUAGUGUACCUAGUGAAGGAGCUGUAUUUUUUUAAAUGUAAAUAAGAAAAUUAUUUGUUUGCUGUGGUGGGUGAUGUAUAGAAUGUGAUGAAUGCCCCUUAUGGUGACUGCUUAUCAAGGUGGUGUUGUCAGACCACGGACGUGGAAAGGUGGACUGCUGUCUGCCGAGGCCAACGCUUAGCCUCUUGUGAAGUUCUCCACUGUUAGUCUCAGCGAGCCUAAACAAUGUGACUAAACCAUAAGCUUUGUACACACCUGCCUCUUCUAGUAGUUAAUCUGAAAUGUGAAGCCUGCCUCGUUUUAGUUAACUGGAACAAAAUUAUCUGCUGGCAGUCCAGUAAUAAACGUUCGUGGCCAUUCCAUCACCUUGUCAGGCUAGUUACUACACCAGCUAGGUUUCCAGCAAGGUCGCAUCUUUUAAACCAAUCAAAAGCACAUGACUUAAUUUCAGGGUUGAAGAAAUUAAGUUUACUUCUGUUAAACUAUUCCAUGUUUUAUCAAUUGUAAUAAAUGGUCCAGUUUAUUAACCUAGUCCUGUUUGCUGAGCAUCGUAUAGUCACAAUGUCAGGUCCCUAUGAUGUGCCACCACUUCAUGACAAAGGUUGAGAACCCCUUGCCAGUGAAGGUCAAUGCAUGCCUUCAUUUGCUAAUAAUCAUUAUUCUCCCUAGCACACAUCUGCUUGUUUGUAAUAACUUUUGAUGUAUCUCUUCCAAGCACAUUGUAUUGACAUUCCCCUCAAAUGUUUUGGAUAGCGGAGUUAUAAUCUCGGUUCACCCAUUCAGAAGUAACAAUAUCUCUGAACCUAUGCAGCCGAUUUAACACCAUUAAAUAAAGCUGGAAAUCCCAGACCCACACUACA